CUCCACUCCACCCAACCGCAGCAGCUUCCCGGAGCUGAAACAAAGUUUUGUUCCAAUUUUCCUGAUCGUUGAAUGUUCGUUCUCAGUGCAGGACAACAGGCAACAAAGCUGAAUUUGUGGAUCUUUUGACAGAUUACGAGGCGAGGUGAACUUUUCUGGAUGCCAGGUUUAAUGAACGGAAGGGUUCACUGACGUGUCGUAACAGUUUUGGGGGCUUGGGUCCAUGAUUUGGACAGGAUUAGACCGAUCCAGUCUGAGACUUGGAACAGAUGUGAACAAAUUUGGUGGACAAAAGACCCCAGCAGAUUUACACACUGUGCCCUAGAUCUUUGAAUAGAAGGUAGAGCGACGUCAGAGAUGGGCAUCUUCAUGCACAGCUGCCCGUUUCUGUUGCGAGUCCCCCGUGCCUUCCUCCAGAAAGCCGGCCGAUCUCUGUCCAUCUAUGUUCAACACUGUCCGGCGAUGUCUCGCAGCCUGGUGACUACAAGUGCCCACUUACAGUGGGUAAAAGAGAAGGACCCAGCUGUUUCAGGUCAGGGAACUCCGAGUACCUCACGGUUUUCCCUUCCGAAGGCAGAGGUUCCGUUGCCCGACCAAACUGCUGCACCCAAUGCUAACUGUCCUUUUGUGGAAUGGGAGAUCAAAAGGGUCAUUCGCAAAGCAAGUCUGGCAGUCCAAGAGGAUGUGACAGGUACUAGGCCUCAACACGAGCCUUCCAAGAGCUCAGGGAUUAUUGGCUGGAUAUCUGACCCAAUUAAGAGGCUUCAAGAUUCAGUUUCUAAGUUGGCUGUUACCCAUCUCAUCCGUGACAACAUAACCGAGGCAGAUCUGCCCGUUUUCAACUAUGAUGAAUUCUUUGAGCAGAAGAUUGAAGAAAAGAAAAAUGACCACACCUACCGCGUGUUCAAGACUGUGAAUAGAAAGACGGAGGAAUAUCCAUUAGCAGAGUACUAUGAACCACUGGCUGACAAGAAGAACGUGUCGGUGUGGUGCAGUAAUGACUAUCUGGGAAUGGGCAGUCACCCACGUGUCCUGAAAGCCAUCAUGGAGACGGUGCAGGAGUACGGAGCAGGAGCUGGGGGGACACGGAACAUCUCCGGUACCAGCAAAUUCCAUGUGGACUUAGAAUCGGAGCUGGCCAAUCUUCACCAAAAGGACGCUGCGCUCCUAUUCACAUCCUGCUAUGUGGCGAAUGACUCCACUCUCUUCACUCUGGCCAAACUGCUUCCAGGCUGUGAAAUCUACUCAGAUGCUGGGAACCAUGCUUCUAUGAUUCAAGGGAUCAGGAACAGUGGAGUUCCAAAGUUUGUCUUCCGGCACAAUGAUGUCGAACAUCUGGAACAGCUCCUGAAGAUGUCAGACCCAAAGACUCCCAAGAUCGUCGCAUUUGAAACAGUACAUUCGAUGGAUGGUGGCAUCUGUCCUCUGGAGGAACUGUGCGACGUCACUCACAAAUAUGGAGGCAUCGCCUUUGUCGAUGAAGUGCAUGCCGUCGGUCUGUAUGGAGCUCACGGAGCUGGGAUUGGAGAGCGGGAUGGCAUCAUGCACAAAAUAGACAUCAUAUCAGGAACGCUUGGUAAAGCCUUUGGCUGUGUGGGUGGCUACAUCGCCAGCACGGCCUCACUCAUCGAUACCAUACGGUCCUACGCUGCAGGUUUCAUUUUUACCACAGCGCUCCCUCCGAUGGUGCUGGCGGGUGCCUUGGAGUCUGUGUGCAUCUUAAAGAGUGAGGAAGGUCAGGCGUUGCGUCGGUCCCAUCAGCGCAAUGUCAAGUACAUGCGUCAGUUGCUGAUGGACGCGGGUCUGCCAGUCAUCAACUGCCCCAGCCACAUCAUCCCCAUAAGGGUGUGCGAUGCUGUGAAGAACUCCGAGAUCUGCAAUAUCAUGGUGCGCCGGCACGAUAUCUAUCUGCAGGCCAUUAACUACCCGACCGUCCCCCGGGGCGAGGAGCUCCUGCGACUCGCUCCAUCUCCACGUCAUGAACCCGAGAUGAUGGACCACUUUGUGGAUUGCCUGGUUGACGUUUGGAAGGAUAUGGGGCUUCCCAUCCAGUCGGUGACUUCGCCAACCUGUAGCUACUGCCAACGCCCCCUGCAUUUUGAGCUGAUGAGCGAAUGGGAGCGUUCUUACUUCGGCAGGAUGGAGGGGCAGUACGUCACCGCAUACGCCUGAAACGGCAGCUCAUGGAGUUCAACUCAGCAAAACCACCCUGACACAAUUACAUUGCAAGGAUAGGAUGAGUAACUAUCUACACACCUCGAUGACAUACUCCUAAACCCCUCAAUCAUAACAUUGUCUUACAAACCUUAGAUCUUCUCUGUAACACGCUGGCAUACCCCACACCCCUCACUGUAACACCCUGAUAUACC